AUGUAUCUGUUCCCGGUAGCGGUUUUUGAGCAACUGCUUCUGAUUGACCGCACGAAGUGGAACAUCUUGACAACGACGACAUCUUCUCCGAAUGCAACAACUUACAGUUCCGCAAAGACUUCUUCAUCUACAUCUACUUCCCCGUCCCCACCUCCUCGUGGCGAGAUUCUUUCUCUGGUGAACAAACGCCUGUGUAGGGCACCAAUCAUGUACAAUAGCGUCACAGGAGUCACGGGAAAGGGAUGCGAACAGAAUGAAGACACGACUUCCGCCGAGAAGAAUAUAACGAAGAAAAUCGACCUGAAAACUUGGGAGGAAUGGAAGCACGUGGUUGAAAAUGAAUUCAAUUUGUCUGUUGAUGAGUCCUCCUGGGGGACCAAAGUAGUGAAGCAGAAACUUUUCGGUGGCAUCGACAUUGAACUUGUUGACGAAGAAUUAGACUAA